UACAUACACUCGUGGUCACGCAAACCUUACCACUAAACAUUUUCAAGUAUUGUGCAUAUUUGACUACAUUUUAUAGCGGUACUUUUUGCGGUAUAAAAAUUUUUUAUUUAGAAAUAAGUUAAUGACAUGUUAUUAAUCAAAAAUAUUAAAAAUUAAAAACAAAACACAUUCAGCUAUAGAUAAAUCAAUUGAAAGAUAAUGAACUUUACAAAAUGAGCUCGAAAUGUAAGAGAACUGACGUGCUAUUAAAAAAUUAUAUUUUUUUAAUUUAAUUUCAUUUGAAACUUGUAACGUGGCUUUUACCACCUUACAAUAAUUAACUCCAACACCGUACAUCAUUUACCCUUACCAUACCUCAACAUAGUGCUUUCCACCAUACUAGAAUUAUCCUACACGUACUAAAGUUCACCUCACUGCAUUGACCAAAGCUACGCACACAACUUACCUCACUACGCUGACGAAAGCUGCGCUAUGCUUCUAUAUAAGCAAGCACUUCACACCGAAUGCGAUCAUUUCUUCCAGCUCGACAGCCAGGACGGUCGCACAGCAGCAAGCAGCAAUAGACAGUGGUAAGUGAAGUAGUUAGUUUUUGUAGAUAUUGCGUUGAAAAGGUAGCACACCAAUCGGUGUGUUACCAAUGCUCGCAAUGGCUCUGCCUUAUAUACAGUAGAAUUGGGUAUUUUGUUAGGCUCCGCAGGCAUUGCGUUGAAAAGGUAUUACACCUCGGUGUGAUAUCAGUGCGCGCAAUGGCUCGACCGUAGUCUCAGUUGCGUUGCGAUACAGCGAUAUCACAGCUGCGCUGCCUCGAACUGCGUCAGUACCACUGUUUGCACAUUAUAGUGUCCCGUUACCAAACUAACGCGAUUAACAGGCGACUCGCAUGGGAGCCGGGAAAAUACUGCCCUGUAUCGUACAGUCGACACCGUGUCUGGGAGUGACUACUCCGCACCAGAAGCCAAAAGGACCAACACCACCUCACCGUAAUUACCGUGCCGACUUCAACAAAAACCAACGCCUGGCACACCAAAUCCAAUCGCUUCCACCUGACUCGCCGUAUAAAUACAAGCUGGUCUGGCUGUCCACAUAAGGGGUGUGGAUACAUCUUUAAAAAGUGAAAAGCUUUAGAAAGGGAAAUGAAAGAGGAAGGUAAUGUCACCAUACUUGUUCCAACUACCACGGUAAAAAUCCCGAGCAAAGCAAUAGCAACACGUGAUGACAUCACAUCGGCUGCAAAAUUGGCAGAUUUGGAGAUUAUAAACUUCGUGCGGCGAUGGAACAUACGCUACAGCGGUCGCGAAAAUUUGCACGACUUUCUGGAGCGAUGCGAAGAGCUAGCCGAAUGCUACUCUAUAGCAAAUAACCAACUUCUUGCUACAAUACCGGAAAUUUUGCAAGAUAAAGCGCUGCAAUGGUUUCGUAUAAAACGCAAUGUCAUAAACACGUGGGUUGACUUUCGUUACGAGGCUGAACGAUUUUUUUUACCGAAACGACACCUUGCACAUCUGGAAGAAACCAUCCAUCCGCGCAAGCAAUUACCCAGAGAGAAAGCAAAAGAUUAUGUGUUGGCCAUCCAAACGCUUAUUCGCCAGCACCCGAAACUUCGCGAUGAAGAUCACACCGAACGUAUAUAUGACGGUCUAAAUGUGGAAUAUCGCUUAUACGUCCGACGAAGCGACUUCAACAGCGUAGACGAAUUACUCGAGUUAACCGAAGAAUUCGAAUUGUUAAAAAGCGAGGAGGCCAGGCAAGCAAGAAACACCAAUCACUGUUUGAUGGCGGUAAGUACUAAGUAUUGCCGCGAGAAAGUUUGUUGGCGAUGUAAGCAGCCGGGACACCGAAUGCACCAAUGUCGCAACCGGCAGCGAAUAUUUUGCUCUCGCUGUGGACGCGACGGAAUCAUGUCCCGAGACUGCAAUUGUCCUACACAUGCGACUGUGCAAGCUACUCCGUCCAAACCCAGUACAAAAGCACUCAAAGCAACGAUUCCGUUCCCAGAAGGGAAACAAGAUGGCCGUUAUUAUUUGCCCAUUACUGUCGCAGGCAUGCAGAUAGAAGCCCUGGUGGACACCGGAGCCUCGCUCACAUAUAUCGGUAAAGAACUUCAACGUCAUCUAGAUAAACACCAAAUUAAACCCAGACGCCAGACCCGUCGCAUUCAGCUAGCUAAUCAGACGUAUAUACCUAUCACGAAAUUGUAUCCUGUCACUAUAGAGCUGGGUAACAAGUCUACGCACCUACUUGUUUCAGCUCUACCGACGCUUUCGGAACAUGUCAUCUUAGGCAUGGAUUUCUUAAUGAAGCGAGACCUGACUAUCACCAUCGAUGGUCAACCCCUAACCGCUACACGCCUAAGCACAUAGGCACCUACCAAUCACCUUGCUAUGCUAACCGAAAGGCAACAUCUUACAGAGAAGGAGAAUCAUCUAUUGAAUACUCUCCUCACUGAAAACGCGGCAGUAUUCUCGACGAUCACUGGCCCCAGCACAGCCACUGAACACAUAAUUCACCUUAAACACUACCGUCCACUAAAGCAGAGAUAUUAUCCACGCAACCCAGCGAUGCAAGAAGUAGUCAAUCCAACCGAGCACACAAACAGAAUCGUGAAAACUAUGAUUGCACGACGAGCAAAGGCCGAUCAUCGAACCUGGGACCACCAACUAGCCGAAAUAGCUUUCGUAAUAAAUACAUCACAACACGACUUGACAAAAACAUCAGCAGCGGAGAUAAACUUCGG